AUGAUCAGCAUGCGUCCGGCAUCAGUGUUUCCAAUGGAAGCACAAGCAGAUGCCAGUGCCCAAGGUCAGCGGGCUUGCAUUGGUGGAUUCGUGUCGCAUCCUUCGUUAGGGCAAAGGUGGUUCAGGGAAGAAUUCACGUAUGAGGAAUUCCGCGAGCUUCAGAUUCCCGUUCAGCAAGAUAUGCAGCUUGACAUUGCGUGCUAUGAAGCGCUCGCUCAAGGGGCGCUGAUUAUCGCAUCUUCAGCCUUGAUACCUUGCUCUAGAAUCAAGCUUCGGACGGUGUCAGACAACAGUGGAGCCGAAGCAGGUGUGAAUGCAUCUUUUACGACUUCACGCCCACUUGCAUAUUUCCUUGAACGCAUUUCUUUGCUUGCCGCAGUUUACCGUACCACUCUUGACGUUUCCCAUAUUCCUGGGGAGAAAACACCAAAGCAGAUGCACUUUCAAGACCGGGUGAACAUGAGAUUCCCCCAGAUUGCCUCGAUGUUGAUCGCAUCAGGCUUCGUCUCAGUGAUCUUUGGCUGCCUAGACCAGCCAUUUCUAUUUCGCCAAGCGAUGCUUCGCUGGCUUGGUGAGGUCCACACGUUUGAUUCGUUUCUCCUCAACGAAUACAGCCUUAUCGUCGUCCCGAUCGAAAAGCCCAAGCAGGAAGGUGUGGAGGGAAUAGGCGUGCCGUGUCCGGUUUGCGGGUUCUACUACGAUAACCAGACCAGCGUACGUAAGCACCUUAGGCGCAAACACCCCGACUACCAGAUGCCGGAGAUCAAAUUUGACCCGGCUGAACAUGCCAUUGGAGGCCUACCGCAGUGUGCUGCAUGCAAGCACCGUUUCCAGAGCUGGCAGGAGCUAAAGGUCCACAUAGAAAAAGGCCGAUGCCACCAACAGGACGUGGAUACCCGGGAGCCGAACACCGGCCCCACACAGGAUGUCGCCCCCUCUCUGGCAAACCCCACACUGGCUGCCCAGACCACCGAGGAGAAGCCGCGAUUGCCACCGCAUCGCAACCCAAGAGUAGCGGACUUGAUUCGUGAACAGGGCUGGGAAGCCCUUGUGAGCAGUGAGCACGCGGAGGAACAAAUCCAGAUGUUCGGCUACCUGCUGCCGGGGCUGAGCGAAUCCAACAAGCGACCUCCAGCAACGCCGCAACAGCAGAGCACCAAGGGGGAGGAGUCCGGCAAAGGAGGGGGCAAGAGACGGCGCACGCGCCGAGGACAGGGGAGCCAGAGUUCGGCCCCGGCGGAAGCACUGAAGAAGGACGGCGGCAAGCUCCUCAAUCUGAUCUCACGCAUCCUGCUCCAGCACGAGGACAGCAUCAACGCCGCCAAAAUGGAUCGGGGCUUCACGGUCUUCAUGGCCCAGACGGGACCGGCAGGACUACUCACCAGCCUUUACCAGGCAAGUCUCGCUUGGAAUCAGGUACGGGAGAACGAGCCGGCGAAGAUCACACAACCGCUACGAAUCACGUUGCUAACCUUGAUGAUCGCGGAGCUAAAGGUGCGCCUCCAGAAUCUGGAAAAGAAGCCGGAGGCAAAGCAACUGGCCAUCAGUGCGGGCUGGCUGGAUCAGCAAGACCGGCUGCAGUACCAAAAGUGGGACGCAGAAAACAAAAAGCUGAUACCUCAUCCCACGAUGCCAGGCCUAACGAUCACGGAGGUGAUGCUGAACCUGACAGAGAUCGAGCCGCUCAUUCUGGAGUCCUUGGUGUUGCGUUUUCACGCGCCGCGAAAGCUCAAGCCAACACCGGAGACGGAGAACAAGGCGGUCUUCAAGUUGGAGGUCUCACUUCGAAGCACAGAAGCAGAUCAACUAUACCAGAGCCUCGCGAAGCUGGAGAACAAUGCAGUAUGGCAACUCAUAGGAUGCCAGCUCAGAAAGGACGGCAUGCGCCGAUCCAACCCAGUGCAGGAGCUGAUGAAGCUGCUCAGCCAGGGAGGUUCCACCUGCUGGGGUGGGGACAACCACAUGUGCAACACGAUGUGGCUGAGCUUGCAUCGCAUCUGCUACGGAACCUGA